AUGUCACACCAACUAGGCAUCUCUACGAUGUCCCUCGGCCGUGCCUGGGUGCACGAUAUGGAACCAAAGCUCGACCAAGCAGCAAAACACGGCUAUACUGGUGUUGAGAUCUUUUACGAAGAUCUGGUUUAUCACGCCAAAAAGUAUCCCGGAGGCGAGACACCAGAAAAUCAACUACGAGCCGCCGAAGACAUCUAUUCAAUGUGCAAGGACCGUGAUCUCAGCAUUAUCGUCCUCCAACCAUUUAUGCAUUACGAUGGCCUUAUCGACCGCCAAAAGCACGCCGAACGGAUCGAAGAACUGAAAUUCUGGUUCAAGCUCGCACAUGCACUGCACACAGAUAUGAUUGCCAUUCCUGCAUCUUUCCUGCCGGAAUCGGAAUGUACCGGUGAUAUGUCAGUAAUCGUUGCCGACCUCCAAGAAGCAGCCGAUCUGGGUGCGGCACAGAAUCCACCUCUCCGUUUCGCGUACGAAGCACUGUGCUGGAGCACACAUUGCUCGACCUGGGAGCAGAGUUGGGAAGUUGUGUCCGCAGUGGACAGACCUAAUUUCGGACUAUGCCUCGACACCUUUAACAUUGCUGGUCGCAUCUACGCUGAUCCUACCCAACCAUCUGGCAAGCGCGCAACUGCAGACGCCGAUCUAGCUGCAGCCAUCGCUGCAAAGCUUGUUCGUCCUGAUAAGUUAUUCUUUGUGCAAGUCGUCGACGCCGAGAGAUUAUCUUCACCCCUGGUCGAGGGUCAUCCAUUCUACGACCCAGAGCAACCCGCUCGUAUGUCAUGGUCACGCAACUGCAGACUUUUCUACGGAGAGCAAGAUCGCGGUGCAUAUCUACCCAUUCGCGAGAUCCUGAAGGCCAUUUUGCAUGACUUGGGCUAUAGUGGAUGGCUGAGCUUUGAGUUGUUUAAUCGCUCCAUGGCGGAUCCCAGUCCUGAGACACCGGCAGAGCACGCUCGCCGUGGUGCCGAAGCUUGGGAGAAGAUUGUGGCUGAUCUGGAACUGAAUGGUCAUGCCGCUGAUAGUGCCGUCAGUGUCAGCUCCUCAGGGGUCAAGGCAUGA